CUGUAAUUAGUAAAUACUGGUACCUUGCCUGUAUCAAAUCAACAUCUGGCUAGUUUCAUCUCGUUCAUCGUCCCCCAGGUUUACCCGCGUUUAUCUCCCUCCAUUGCACCAGCGAAAUGGCGUCCAAGAAAGACAUGCGGAGGGCUGAUCUCAUCGUCCCUUACGUGGAACCCGAGAAAGAGAAGAAUGAUCAGGAUAUGAUGAGUACCAUGGCAACUACGCUACCCAUGGCUGCGAUAUUCAUGAGAAAUAAGAUGCUGGGUUGGACUGCGGUGCUUUUUGCACUCCAAUCAUGGCUCUCGGAAACUCCGGAACAGGCGAAAGGUUCCGGCAAUCCGGGGCUUUUCUCCGUAGGCAUGGCAUUCAUGUCUUUGGGCACGACAUAUAUGCACUUGUUCCUCCCUCCGAUCCCGAAACCAGGUUCUAGCUCACCAACAGAGGCUCCAGCAGCGGCCCCUCCAGCAUGAAGAUCUGGACUGCUACAAAUCAAUGUAUUAUUUAACCUGUUCAAGGCGCUACUCCUGGAUAAAUGGCCGUGGGAUAUGGUCUCUAAGUAAAUUCGUUGACUUAGCUGAAGGAAUGAAGAUCGAUCAUCUAAUGGGAGUGAAUGCCUGGCAGACGAUGAGAGCUAUUGGACUGGGAUAUGUACACUCUGAGACAGAGAGGACUGUGAGACGGGACGCUUGUCGUCGUUGGAUGACACUCGGACAGAGUUCGGGAUUUGAACACAGGGCGAUUGUAGCACAAUGUACGAUACAGCGUAUCCCACGGUGAUCUGAUGUUACUAGAGUCAUUGGUGAUGCGUACAUGUAACUCCAACCUGCCCACAGCUCUCCAGUAUGCAGUUAGUCAUCACGGGUCACAGUCACGUGAGUG